CAAAGACCUAGUUGAAAAUAUUUAUAUAAAUUUUUUGUGAAAUUAAUUGAGCAAAAAUUGAAUAUUCUAGUAUAAUUAAUUAAAUUUACGUUAUUUGGCUACUAUAUUCAUAAUGUUCAUGAUAGCCCGCAUUGUUAGAUCUAGCAAUGAAAUCAAAUCUAUAGCUGUAAGAUGUAUAUCAACGAAUAUUUGCUUGCACAAUUCAAAAUUAGCUGAGGUUGGAAAGUUACAGACACCAAAAACUGACAACUAUAAUACGGGUCAACUGUUUCUUCAUAAAGUUUUUGGAUAUCGCGGUGUCAUUCUGUUUCCAUGGACUGCUCGAGUCUACGACAGAGAUGUAGCUAAUCAGAAAUCGGAUGAUGAGAACUCAAUAACAAGUCCAAAUAACGACAAUACAAAAGAAGUUCAGAAAAGAACUCAAACAUUCUAUCAGGUCCUUAUUGAUUCUCGUGAUAUUCCAUUCAUCCGUGCACAAACAGAAGCUGUCACAUUUCUAGGAAGUAAUCAAGAAAAUAGCCGUUCACUUUAUGCUAUUCCAGGCCUCGAUUAUGUUAGCCAUUUAGACGUGAUUCCUUAUCAAACCUUUGAGACUACAGCUCUAAGUCAUGAAUUAUUCGAUAAGUUCUUAGCAAAAACAGACAGUGAUCCUCCAUUUACAGCUUUGGAUACUCUAAAAGCUUGGCAAAAAAAGAAUCAUACCUUUUUGGAGCUCAGUGAUGUUCAUAUUGAAACGACUAAUAAUAUAAGGAUUACGGUAAUUCCAUUCUAUAUGGGUAAAAAAGAGAGUCCUUCCAGUAGUGUUUAUUGGUGGCGAUAUUGUAUUAGACUGGAAAAUCUUGGAGAACUGUCUGUUCAGCUCAGAGAAAGGCACUGGAGAAUUUUCUCUUUAACUGGAACUCUAGAAACUGUGCGCGGACGAGGCAUUGUAGGACAAGAACCAAUACUCAAUUCUCGUCUACCGGCUUUCCAAUAUUCAUCUCAUGUCAGCUUACAAGCACAGUCAGGACAUAUGUGGGGAUCAUUUAGAUUCGAACGAGAGGAUGGCUUAGUGUUUGAUUGCCGAAUUCCACCAUUCUCGCUUGAAAGUAAAACGGAUACAGAGACAGCGCAGAACGAUGAAAACUCAUAAAAAACAAGAUUGAAUUUCAGAAAAGAUAAAUGUUCUAUCCAUAUUUAUUUUUUAAAAAGUUGCAAUAAGGACUGUAAAUAUGAAACAUUAAUUUACACAAAAUAAAGAAAGAUUUUUAAAGAUUUGAAUAGU